CAAGUACAAGGCUCACAGCCAACAGUGGCGGACGCACAUACACCAACAGGCUGGUGGCGAAUCGGAAAAACAGCGCGUCGCAAUCAGUAUCAGUGCAACAGCGCCUGAGAACGCAAGCAAGUGAAUCGACUAACGCUCCGUCUGUUACACCUGAUGUGCGCGACGCACAGACUGAGGCGCGAAUCGUAUUGAUUUGAAUCGAAUCGAACCACUUGGUACGAAAUUUAACGAGUGUGUUGCCCUCAAACACGGCGCCAGAGUAGUGUUGUGAGUAGUGAACCGCGCGCCGCGUGUCAAACAUCAAUUGCAUUGCGGAAGCGCAGCGACCGUCGCGCACGUGAUAUUGACAGAGGCAGAGGCAGUGACAGUGAAUGUGACAGUGUGACUGACAGCGCGAUUGAACGUGGCUGCGUUGUGCAAAGUGGCAUAGGUUCGAAGGAGGAAGCGCUCAUUGAACCUUCCUAUUGCCACAAAUUCCUUACCUGCCCUUUUUCGCUCAACCGCCAAUUUGCAUUUGUUGUUAACCAAGGCACGUACAAGCCAAACGAUAAAAUCUCUAGAACGAAUAUAACUAGACGAAAGCGGAGCGCGAAGCAUGGAAAGCCAUGUAAAUACAUACAUAUGUAAAUAUAUUCGCGGUCGAGUGUUGGUGAUGGCUAAAAGCUUGUGCAGGUGAUAAGCGAAACUAAAAAAAAAAUCCAAAAAUAAAGAAGCAAAAGAAUCUGAAGAAUAGGCUCGUGCUUAAAAAGUGAAAAGUGCCAUUAAAUACGCAAAUACGUGAAAUUCAAUGAACGCGUGAAAAAAUUUGUGUUUUGUUUUGGCUGUCAAUAGAGGCGCCACCAACUCCAACAACAAUGCGUCCUUUGCGUCUUCCCCUGAACGCUAAUGGUUUGGUAUUUGCACAGUGAGGCCGGGGCUGUGAUCAUAACAUCACGAACAUCCGCAGGCAUAGAUAAUCGAAGAUGCUGUAAAAAGUGAAGUGUUUUGUGGUCUGCCAUUCGAACAAUUUCUCAAGAAGCGACGCCGCAUACAAACGUAUUGUUGACCUUUCGGUGGAAGGGAAGUGAGUAAGCAAUAAUAUUAACCGCAAAGGCCAUUCAAGUAACAGAGAAAGGCAAAACUACAAUAGCCAUAAAGCGACAAUUCAAUCAAAUAAGUGCGGAGAAACGAAAUAGUGCCAAAGCAGCAAUGAAGAAAAAUGUGAAAAAUGAUAAGUGGCUAAGCGGGUGAGGGGAUAGAAGAAAAUCGGUUACACAAAUGGCUGUAAGUUUAUAAAUGGCCAGUCAUUUUUCCAUUUAUUGUGCUGUGACAGCUAUGCUGGCAGCUGGUGCUGGGCAGCCGCCAGAAAAAUAAACAAAUAAACACUAUUACACAAAUACGCAACGAAGCGAUAUUAAGCGGUAAUUGAAUGAAACCGAAAGUGAAACCAUAAAGGUAAUGAUUUAAUUGAAAUUUGACAUUUCUAGUGCGGCCAUAAGAACGAGUCAAAGCCAUUUGUUAGAAACGCGCGUUUCAGCCGACAAACAUACAGCCAUAUGUACAAUUUAUAGGGCACGACACGGCGUAUGAGUGAUUUAGUAUAUUUGUGCCCGACUCGGGGUACUUACAAAACAAAGCCACAGCUUACUGUUACCAAAUAAUGCAAAUGCGCUUUUAUUAAAUUCAAUUUCCACAUUCGAUCCGAAAAUUGUUGCGGCUUAAAGGCUUUGGCAACAUCAACAAUAACUGCAAUAACUAAAAUUGCCACGCAACAACGGUUAAUCAGUGGUGUGGCAGCGCACUGCUGGCAGUUAAUUUACGCAUAGCUGACGCGGCCCACCAUACUCACUGCCUGCAAAAAAGCCCAACUAACCCAAAGCAAAACAAGUGCAACAAACGAAAGUACAACAACGAUUUGUGGGCGCGCCAACUGCGAAAUCUGCCGUGAGAACUGCGCAUAUUUGUGCGUUUGUGGCGCCACAAAGCACCCACCAGCAACGAUGUGCCGCUGAGUGCUGCCAAACAGUCGAACUUUUCCGCAUACGCACGCCCGACCGAGUUCGAGUGAAAAAGGCACAGCCGGCAGGCAUUCAUGUGGUCGACUGCACAGCGCUGCCGCGCGGCAUUAGCGCCCAUUAUUACUGAAAUAAAAGGCUAUCAGCGCUUCGGUGUUAAGUAAUUAAGCACCGUAAUUCCCUCGUUGUGAAUUGCCAACGCGCACGUCAUGUGGCAACAACGCGAAAUUGUUUGCGCGAGCAAAUAUUAAAAAAUUAAAUUUCAAACAAAUAUCGCAAAUAUUUGCAGCAGCAAAAACGCUUGCAAACCGCGCCGCAUUCCGCGCUCACCACAACUUUAAAGUAAAAAAUAGAAUUUUACACGAAGUACCGUAAAAAACGGUGAGUCUUUUAUUUGCAUGUAUGAAAGUGUUUGCUGCACGUAUCUAUGCACACCCACACAUACCUACAAAAAUCGCAUAAUACAGCAAAAUAAUAAAGCGUCAUUUUUAACACAAGCUCUUAAUUAAAAUUCUGCAACAGCGCGGAAACUGGAGCAAAACAAACAACUGCGAACACGAUUCAAAAGCAAAAGCGAACGAAAAAAGGGAGAAAAAGGCGAAAAGCCGCGACGUUGAAACCGGAAAGCGCCGAGUGUGCAACAAAUUGGGCAACUAUGAUCAAUAACCGCGCCGAUAGAAAAAUUGCUCGAUUGUGCUAGAAACCGUGGCGCUGUGUGCAUAUUUGAAUGAGUGAAGUAAAAAUAGACCACACGGAUAUACAGCAAGCUGAGAUAUGCAAAAUCUGCCUGAUUGACGCGCCACGUUGCAAGCAAUCGGCGCCGACACCGAAACCGGAGCGGAAGUCUAUUUAAAAGUGAAUCGAUUGCGGAGAGCUUGAGCUUCUAAAAACAAAACACGAAAGAUAAAAGUCAAAUUGAUUAAAUAUAAAUAAACAAAAAUUCGUAAAACUCGUUAUUCUUAAUGAAAGGUAAGAACCGACUCAGAGGAAAUAACACAGAAAUAAUAUAAUGGGUUUUGAAUCAAAAAGCGUUUAAAAAAUUCGAAUAAAUAAUUUCAGAGUAAAAAUAGGGUUUUAUUAAAAAUGUUGAGGUUCCUUACAAUAUCCCAAACAGAAAAUUAUUAAAGUGAAGCAAGCAGUUUUCGAGUAAUUGUUUAUUUAAAAAAUAUUUGAAAAUAAUAAAAAAUUCAGAUUAUUGCGCAAUUUAAACUCACAAAAGUGAAAAUAACAUCAAGUUUAGUCCAAAGCAACGGUUCUUAGAGUUCGCUGGCCGUUUAAGUGGCCGAAAAUAAAAAGCAGUGUCUGCGUCGUUCAAGCGCGCCAAAUUUUGCAGACAAAAGCUGGACGCACGAAAGCGCGGAUUAGCAAUAAAAACGAAUGUUGUUGUUGUCUGUUGUAGGCGAGCACACUUUCGUCGAAGCGUCGAAUUAGCGAGCGUUUCCGGGGUCGCGUGUGAAAAUUGGCAGUGAAUUGCGGCGCGUCGGCAAACAGUGCCACAUAUCGACCGUUACAAACUCGCUACCAUCCCACCAAGCUCUACGCGCGUAAGCGGGUCGGCUAGUGUAAAAACAAAUCCGUAUACUGUACCGGGCGGCGAACGCAUGCAAAUACGCAUACGCCCAGGCGCUAGUCGAAUGCAAAGCCGGAUGCCGGAAACUGAGUGGCGGUAACUAAAUAAAGCUGGUAAACGCGAAAAUAACAGAAUUGCACAAAAAGUGUGAAAAAUCGUAAAUAAGUGAAAUAUAACGGCCCAAUAAAUGCAAUAAAAGUGAAGUGCAGACAACGGUAAUUUACGACGAAAAGGCUCGUUGGCCGAGCGGAAAUCGCGAAACUGUGCAACCGCCAACAGAAAAACCAAAACGAACGCCUAAAAAGCGGGUUCAAAAACAUAAAUUUGGGCACUUGGCGCGGUCACUUUGCAUAUGUAAAUGCAUGCACACACAAACAAUUUUACAUAGGCGCUUGCGUGUUUGUCUGUCGGUGAUUUUGUGCGCGAUUCUCGUCAUUGUUCGGGUUGUUUUUUUGAUUCACUCACGGUGAGUGGCACUUGCCGCACUCAAAUUUUGACGCGUGAAUGAGAUUAUGCAAUUGGGCGCUUGUGGCCAGAGAGCCGCUUCUAUAAACGCGUAAACGUGUGUGAGUGCAUUUUGGUUGGAUAUUUUUUGCAGUUUUUGAAGUGAAGUGUUUUUGUGUUUCUAAACGCAUAGAAUAUUUAACAUCAGUGGAAAAUUAUUUUUACAAAUAAAAAUCGUUCGUGGAAACCUAGGCGCUAGCUCGGUUACCUCAACAAACAAUAACGGUUAACGGUUGUUUCAUUGCUGCUGCGAGCUGAGCAUUUAGCUCACGAGCUGCACAUCAAGAUGAUCGCCUUCCUGACGCUGUUCUUCUACAUGACAAGUCUGACAAUGUGCUAUCAACGAUUGUCAGUUAACAACAACAAUCACAAUAAUUUAGACGCAAAACCAACACACAUGCCGCCGUUGCACUACCCGCAUGGCCACAGAUGGAACGAACCAUUUUUUGAUCUGACGAUGCCGAAGAACAUAACAUCGCUCGUGGGCAAAUCAGCAUAUUUGGGAUGUCGUGUCAAACAUUUGGGGAACAAGACAGUUGCCUGGAUACGCCACCGCGACCUGCACAUCCUCACCGUGGGCACCUACACAUACACAACAGAUCAGCGGUUUCAAACUUCCUACCAUCGUGAUAUCGACGAAUGGACUCUGCAAAUAAAAUGGGCACAGCAGCGCGAUGCCGGCGUCUACGAGUGCCAAAUAUCGACCCAACCGGUGCGCAGCUUUUCAGUUAACUUAAACAUUGUGGACACCAUUGACGACGAGACGAGCAGCCUGCUGCAGCAGUACUACAGCGACGAUGCGUUUUACAUAAGUUCCGAUCGUAUUUACCAGUCCAGCGACGACGAGUUUGCGGGCAUGUUCGGGCACAUACAAACAGUGGCCGUGCCAACGGCAAGCAUACUGGGUGGUCCCGACCUGUACGUGGAUAAAGGCAGCACAAUCAACCUGACUUGUGUAAUAAAGUUCAGCCCCGAGCCACCGACGCACAUCUUUUGGUAUCAUCAAGACAAGGUGCUAUCGGAAGAGACGUCUGGAGGUCGCAUAAAAUUCAAAACGAUCAAAUCUGAGGAAACGAAAUCGAUUCUACUAAUCAGUGAUGCCGAUCUACUAGAUUCAGGCAAAUAUUCUUGCUACCCAUCGAACACCGAGAUAACGAGCUUGCGGGUCCACGUGUUACAGGGUGAGCGACCAGAGGCGAUGCAAACCAACUCGGCGCCCACAGCUCGACACAGCGCCGCCGCCCAGCCGAACAAGCUAAUCAGCGCUUUAGUCGGCGCCUUCGUUCUAUUGCAAAUAUACACAUUUCUCUGCAAGAAUGCCGGCCAUAUAACCCAACACAACAACAACGAUCAAAGCAAACAACGUCCGCGUGCAGCAGCGCUGAACCCACGCCGUGGCCCCAACCCCAGCCGCACAUCCACUCGUGCGCAUAGCAGCGCUCAGCAUCUGCCACUCCAGCAACAACAAAGGCCACAGCCACGACAUCGACAACAGCACCAACAACAACAGUAUCAGCACUCACAAAUUGGCAGCAGCAUUCUUGCACUGUUUGCGUUGGCGUUGUUGCGUUGCAACAAUGUGACAAUCGUUGACAGCAUAGCCGCACCUUCCACCGAACAACUGACGCAGCGCGGCCCCGCCUGCGUUGGCCACCGACAACCAGACCAAUUGCAACGGCAAAGCACGGCGCAGGCAGUGAACUUUGACGCCCUUGCGAAAACGUCAUCCACUGCGCGGUGAUGAACUAAUCGACAGGGGCGUCGAGGCACCGCACGCCACAAACGCUAGAGCGGGUGAGUUGGACGCAGUCGGCUGGCGGAAGGCACUAGCGGCCUGCGUGAGCCUCAGCCAUUCAUAUGUAUCCGUGUUGGCGUGACGGCAAUGGUGACUGGGCGAAUGCGGCCACAAGUACUCUAAACAGUUCAAGUAGUGAAAUUUAUAAAACUUUGGUCGGCUAAUUACGAAGUAUGUAUGUAUGCGCAUGUGCGUAUAUUUUAUCUAUGUAGUAGAAUUAGCCAAGCUCAAAGUAAACAAAAACAAAAACUAAACAUAAAACAUAAGCAUUUGAAUAAGCAGCCGAACGUCGGGCGGUAAUUAGGAUGUAAUGCCAGUAAUGAAAUAGUUUAAUUAAAAGUUAUCAAACUAAAAAUGUUCUGAAAGGUAUAAAAUACCUUUAAAUAAGCAUCUAACUAAAUCUGUAUAAAACAAAAUGAGAACUAUUUAUAAUUUGUUGCGAAGUAAGCAGUAACUAGCGAUAAAUGUGUACAUAUAUUUCCGUAUGUUGCUUGUAAGUAUGUAUAUAUUUGUACGAUUUCAUGGUUGUAAGAAGGCCGAGCUCUUCCGAAGAUGCAAUGAUUCACAUUUAAGAAACCAUAAAUCAAAAUUAUAAUAAUUUUAGUUUUUUUUCAUAACGGGGAUCACUUAAUGUGGCUCUAUUUUUGGUUUUUGAACUCGUAACAACCUCUUUAAGGAUUCACCAUGCCUCGCCACCCUACUAAUUUUUAGUCUAUUCUUUUUUACCUGAACAGAGCACAUUAAGUUUGCCACCAAGUUUGUAACAACCAGAAGGAAUCAUCGGAGACCUAAUAAAAUGUAUAUGUAGUAAAUGUCAGUCAGUCUGUAAAUAUACGAACUAGUCCCUUAGUUUUUGAAGCAAGAAGCUGCUCACUUGUCGGAAUGCCCGAUAUCAGACUACUAUAGAAUAUAGCUGCCAUACAAACUGAGCAAUCGGAAUUAUGUCGGUAUGGCUCAUUAUAUAAGGCAAUAAUGCAAUCCAAAUAAUAAUAAAUCUAAUACGGCUGUUUAAACCGACGUUGAGCAAUACCAAAAGCUCUGUCAAGAUUACCAAACGAGGUUUCCGACAAGGCGACUCCCUAUCGUGCGACUUCUUCAAUGUACUCCAGGAGAAAAUAAUGGGCUACAGAUCAAAAAAGAGAAGAGACAAUCUUCGUCGAUGACAUUAACAUCAUUGGCCUUAACAACCGCCCAGUUAUUUCUGUUUUCUCCAGACUGGUUAAGGCAGCAAAGCAAAUGAAUCUGCUAGUGAACGAUGGCCAGACGAAAUAUCUCCUGUCAUCAAACAAACAGUCGUCCCACUCGGUAUUUGGCUCCCACGUUACUGAUGACAGUCAUAAGUCGUAGAUAAUUUCCUCUAUCUUGGAACCAGCAUUAACACCAAAAACAACGAAAUCCAACGUAAAAUGACUCUUACAAACAGAUGCUACUUCGGACUGAGAGGGCUAUUGAGUAGUAAAGUCUUCUCUCGACGAACAAAGACCAAACUCUAUAAGUCACUCAUCAUCCCCGUCCUGCAAUAUGGCACAGAGGCAUGGACGAUGACAACAGCUGAUGAGUCGACGUUACGAGUUUGCGAGAAAAUGUUCUAAAGAAGAUUUAUGGUCCUUUGCGCAUUGGCAACGGCGAAUAUCGCAUUCGAUGGAGCGAUGAGACGUCCGAGUUAUAUGGCGACAUUGACUUAGUUUGGGGAAUUAAGGGACAGCGGCUACGCUGGAUAGGUCAUGUCGUCCGAAUUGACAAAAACGCUCAAGCUCUAAAAGUGUUCGACGCAGAACCCGCCGAGGGAAGCAGAGAAAGAGGAAGACUUCCACUCCGUAGGAAAGACCAGGUUGGAAUCUCCAAUUGGCGCCAAAAAGGAAGAUCGACUGGCACGCUAUUGUUAACUCGGCUAUAAUCACGUAAGCGGUGUCUACGCCAAGAAAAAAUAAGAACGCAAUCUCCAAAGAAAUCGUUCUGAUAGGGUUGUUAUAGCUUAGAGACUUAUCGAUCGGAAUCGAGUUCUUGUAAGAGAACAUAUUUAUUGAGAAGGGUGUUCUAGCUUCGGUGCAACCGAUGUUAAUUGUUUUCUCCUGUCAUAAAUUUUGUUUUCGUUCUUUUCUUGUAAGAAAUUAACAUUCUCUUCUUGGUAGUUCACCUAGUUGUUGUGGUCUCGUCAUUGAUGUGGACCUCUGGUUCCUUUGACGAUAGCGAAGUGUUCGGUAUGCUCGGUGAAAAGAUCAUAAAGGGAGAAACCCGUUGUAAUUGAGACAGCUGUAGUCGUGAGGGUUGGUUAUGAAAGUCAUUAAAGCAGUUUUGUUGUUGUAUAAUUUUUACAAUUAACAUGCUUAUUCCUUUUCCAACAUUGGCUUAAAUGUCCUCUCAGUAAUCUUCUUAUCUUCUUCUGCCAUCAGUACAUUUUUGAACCAGAUAAACAAAUGGAAUAUUUUACAACAAUAUACAUAUAUUUGUACAAUGUUUACUAACGGUACAUGAUGUUAGAAACUAAGAAAAUGAUGAGAGUUUGUCAACCGAAUACAUUUCAUUACAGCGACAAGUUUACAGUUAUCUUUAAGUGCAUUUAUGUAAGUUUUCAAAAACAAAAUAUUUUUAUUGAAAAAUGUUAUGAAUACAAUCCGUUAACCUGUUGAAAGCUAGUUAUCAUAUAUCCAUUGUAGUGUGGUUAAAUAUAUUUGUAAGUGUUUUUAUACAUGUAGUAUGCCACUAUCCUCCUAGAGUCUAAUAAAUAGUUGUAUUCUCCACUGAGCAGGAUCUGUAUAUAAAAGUAUUACUCAGAAACAGAAUUUUUUUCUUAACAUAAGCAAAUAUAUGUAUAUGUAUUUAACUGUAAAUACCUAUAAGGAUAUGGGUAAAUUAAAGUUAAGCUACUAUAUUGAAAAGAAGGACAUGGUGUAAAACUUAUUACUUAAGACCUGGAUUUGUAAUUUAAGAGUCAGACAUGUUCACUUGCAAAUAUAUGCUUGUGAAUGGCGUAUAGGAGAACUGUUUAUAUGUAUGUAUAUGUUAAGUAAUAAUAGAUUCACUACAUUAUUGUAAUAAACGAAAUAUAACAACCUAACUGUAAAUGUCUCAUAGUUUUAAGAAUAGACCGUAAGAGAUACUGCAAUGAUGAAUUCAAAUAAAAAUUAAUCAAUAAAAAUGAGAAAUUCUACAA